AUGAAGAAAGAUAGAGAGCCAAUAGAUGAAGAUGAAAUGAGAAUUACAUCAACUGGGAGAAUGACCAAUUAUGUAAAUUAUGCUGCUAAACUUCUUGGUGAAGAGGAAAAAAAAAGCAUAAAAAUAAAAGCCACUGGUAAUGCAAUAGCAAAAGCUGUAACAUUAGCAGAAAUUGUUAAAAGAAGAUUUAAGGGAUUACAUCAAAUUACUAAAUGUGGUAGUACUAUUAUAACAGACCAAUAUGUUAGUGGACAAGAUAAUAAUGAGCAUGUUGUUCAAGAAAAAACUGUUUCUUUUAUUGAAAUUUUAUUAUCAAAAGAUCAACUAGAUACCAAGGAUGCAGGAUAUCAACCACCAUUAGAUGAAAAAUAUGUUAAAGAAAUGACACCAGAAGAAAUUGUCAAUUCUAGAGGAUUUAGAGGUAGAGGAUUUAGACCAAGAUUUUACAGAGGUUUUAGAGGAGGAAGAGGUGGAUUUUUAAGAAGAGGUGGAUAUAGAGGAUUUUCAGAUAGAAUGUAUGAAGGCAGAAAUAGUUUCAGAGGUGGUAGAGGCGGAGGAUAUGGAGGUAGCUUUGGUAGAGGUGGAUAUAGAUCAGGUGGUGGAAUGGGAGGAGGAAGAGGUGGAUAUAGAGGUGGGUAUAGAGGAGGAAGAGAAGGUGGAUAUAGAGGAGGAAACAGAGGAGGAUAUAGAAGUGGCAGGGGUGGAUAUAGAGGUGGAAGAGCUCUUUCAUAA